GGGGAGGGGAGUUUUGCAUUACGCGUAGGAGUGGCAAGUCUAGUCCGUUCCUUGGCGCACAAUGAACUGUAGGCUACAGCUGGCUGUUACGUCUAGUCUAUGAGACCAGGCGGGGCUACAGGAGGAACAAAACAAGUGGCAGUUUACUGUAGUGGUCUUACCUACUGUUUUAAAACCGCCACCUGAUCUGCUAUGGCAGCGAUCAUGGGACUCUCAAAUCCAGUUCGGAAAGAAGGAAUAAGAUGUGUUGAUAUGUGGACACGCACUGGCGACGCGCUCGGUGGUCGUGUUUGAUGUAACCUACCUUUAACAGGUACUGGUCAGAGCUCGUGCAGACGUGUCGAACCAAGCACUGUUGUAGAACCGAGCUAGAAAGCGUACUGUUUGGGGCCAGAAACAGCGACUGUGGCCCAUCGCUUCGAGGCCAUGAAUUGCUUCAAAGGGCGUUUUGGACAGGAUGUGGAGAAACAGGACCAAAAGCUGUCAAAACCAAGAUGGGAUAAUACCAAAAACAAGGUGCCCACCGACCGGACCAUGGUGGUGGGUGGCAGGCAAGGUGGGGGCUGUAAAGGUUCCAACCGUUCAGGAGUUACCCUGAGAAAACAGCGCCAGCGCUACGUGGAGAAGGACGGCAAGUGCAACGUGCAUCACGGCAACGUGCGCGAGAAAUACCGCUACAUGACAGACAUCUUCACUACCCUGGUGGACCUGAAGUGGCGCUUUAACCUGCUGGUGUUCACCCUGGUCUACACAACCACCUGGGUGUUCUUCGGUCUCAUCUGGUGGCUCAUCGCCUACAUCCGCGGAGACCUGGACCACACCGACGAUGGAGACUGGAUCCCCUGCGUCAACAACCUCAACGGCUUCGUCUCCGCCUUUCUCUUCUCCAUCGAAACGGAGACCACCAUCGGCUACGGCUACCGGGUCAUCACUGAUAAAUGCCCAGAGGGGAUUCUCCUGCUUUUAGUCCAGGCCAUCCUGGGCUCCAUCGUCAAUGCCUUCAUGGUGGGAUGCAUGUUCGUCAAGAUCUCCCAGCCCAAGCAGCGAGCCGAGACGCUCAUGUUCUCCCACAAGGCAGUGAUCUCUGUGAGGGACAGCAAGCUGUGUCUGAUGUUCAGGGUAGGAGACCUGAGGAACUCACACAUUGUGGAGGCCUCCAUCCGGGCCAAGCUGAUCCACUCCAAGCAGACCAAGGAAGGGGAGUUUAUCCCUCUCAAUCAGACGGAUAUCAAUGUGGGCUUCGAUACGGGGGACGACAGGCUCUUCCUGGUGUCGCCGCUCAUCAUCUGUCACGAGUUCAACGAGGGCAGUCCCUUCUGGGAAAUCUCACAGGAACAGCUGGAGAGAGAGGAGUUUGAGGUAGUGGUCAUCCUGGAGGGCAUGGUGGAAGCCACAGGAAUGACAUGCCAGGCGCGCAGCUCCUACCUAGACUCAGAGGUCAUGUGGGGGGAGCGCUUCACCCCUGUGCUCUCCCUAGAGGAGGGCUUCUACGAGGUGGACUAUGAAUCCUUCCACCACACCUACCCUACCCCGACCCCCACCUCCUCUGCCCGAGAGCUAGUCGAGCUGGCCAAGAAGGGAGAGGCUAUCCCCCUACCUCCCCAGUCCCCACCUCCAGUCCUGGAGCCGCCCCCACCACAUCCAGAGAAGGAGGAAGACAGUGGGGAGGAAGAGGUGGAGGCGAUAGGGCAUGGAGAGGGGGAUAAUGUUAGCAGUGGGGAUGCUAACAGGAUGGAUGAUGGGCAUGAAUGAGUGUGCAUUGGUGAAAACACAGACCGUGUCAUCGGAUGAUGCUGCUCACUGGUUUAAAACAAGCUCAUACAUGGAACAGAGGCUACAAGAGGCAAGAUUUCAAAACCUCAACAUCAUGAAGUACUUGUGCAAGAAGUACUUGUGCAAGUGACUCAAUGUCUCAAAUGGCUUUGAUAUCAAACUUCAUCAACUGAUGAAGUGUCGAACAUAAACUAUGAUAUCCUAUAGUUUUUGACUGCUUAAUAGCAGGACCAAAAGUAAGUCUUCACUCUGACUCAUAAUUUCUUUAAUACAGCAUUUAGUGCCAAUAUUCUGAUCUAAAACAACUUGGAUAACUGGGUGAAUAUGAUUUUAAAAGUUUCAAGUAAUGGUAUGUAAAUGAUUGACUACUUUGUACUAGACUAGAGCAAUGUGUGUAAGAAUGAAAGUGAAAGAGGAUGAAUUAAAGGAGGCCUGGCCAAAUGCCCAUCCAUUUCAAGUAUUUUGAUACACACAUUUUUCUUACAUGUGUACAUUUUCAUGAAUGAAUAUUUACCUUGUAUUCAAAUCUUAAAUCACUAAGUAUGAAAGGCCUUUGCCUUUGAAUGAAUUGUUAAAAGUUAUGGUUUGGAUUUCUUGCACCAUUUUGUUGGCUUCACAAAUGGUUCUGUUCAAGGCAUUUUGGAAAUGUUUGCUAUUAGUGGGCAUUGCCAACAACCUAAUAAAUAAUUGAGCGCUUAUCAUGGAAAUUGAAAUGA